GAAGAAACAGGACCCAUCCUUCCCUUCAUCCCGCUCCAGUUGUACAUGCUUCGUAAAGUUAGCCGCAACACAGUGACAGCAAGAAGACAUAUAUCUCAUCUUCCCUGAAGCAGCACCAACUUUGGAUAUACUCCACCAUUAGUUUACGCCUUAAGCGAUCAAGUAAGCGAAACUAUCUACUACCUCAUUUUCAUGCUCGGAAUGGCGACUGAUAAAACCAGUUCCAUUGACCCAAGGAAGAGCAGAAUGAAACAGAGUUCAUCGCAUUCAUUUGACUCGGAAGAUGAUUCUGAAUCUGAUCUUGAGAUUGAUUUGUCUCCAAAUCCCAACGAUCGAAAAAAAAGAUCACAAAAGGAAUCAAUCAAAGUUCCGAAACAUUUUGGCAAGAGUAACACACAGGUUUACGACAAUAUCUCUGUCUACGCUCCACCGGACUCCAACCUCAUUUUCAAAUGCUCUCAGAAGCGUGCUAACUGGUACCUCUCUCGAAAUCUUGCCCGGCCACUGUCUCCAAAUUCGAUCCACCUCAACUUUUCACCCGCGGGACAGGGUCCAUUUCCAGAACAAUACAGAAAAUGGUUCCCGAUUCGGCUGAAAAGCCAUUCCAGUCAUGAUAUUGUCGUUGCCUGCCCAGAAUGCAAUGCCAAAUGGGAUAAAGAAGCAGCAGUUGUGCGCAAAAAGAUUGUCGGGCUCUAUAGCAUACCUUUAGAAGGUAUUGGAUGGAUUAAAGACCAUGAGGCAAGUGUAGCAAAGAGAUCUGCCGCUGCAUAUAACCAACAGCAACAACAGCAACAACAGCAACAACAGCAACAAGAAAGCGAUAAAGCCAAAAGGAAAUCGAUUACAAACAACAUUGACUGCAAGCCCGUUACAGGAGAACCCUGGCUCGACUUCAAGAACAAGAAAGACAACAAAAAUAAAAUGCAGAAUGUGAUACCCCUUAGAAGAAUGCAGGGUGAUAAAGAACAAUUGAUAGAAACAUCAACAAUACAGAAGCGAGACUCUAUGAACGAUGCUGAUGACAGGAAGAGCCACGAAAAAGAUGAAGGAUUUCCAAUACGAAGGAAACGAUCAAAAGGCGAAAGGGGGAGAGAGGCACAGAUAGAGACGGCAGCAAUGGCAGCACAGGCAAUAUAUAAAGGGCCGGACUACAAGGAACAUGGCCAGUUAGUGAUUGCGCGGGAUGCGGAUGAAACUCCUGGGACGAUACGUCAUGGAAGGAUGCUGAACCAUUGGAUCCUGCUCCGACAGGCAUUCCUAGAACGAGCUAUGCCACAACAUCUCAGUUCACAAUGGAGAGUUGAGAAUCCUGUGUAAGCAUUUUAAAGAAGCCUCUGCA